UUUCUGUUUGCUGUAGAGAGCAAAGACAUGAAUGACAGCGAGGUGAACAAAGUGUACUUGCAUUUAGUGGGCGUAGCUUCUGCUAAACCGGGGGAAUAAUUACUCUGCUGCAAGCGGCAAGACAGAAGGGCCAGAUUAAGAUUAAUUGAAUUAUUAUUUAUCAGCGGCGACGUGGAAGUUGUUUCCGAGGCAGGAACAUGGCUGCCCAGUGUGUAACCAAGGUGGAGCUCACCGUGUCCUGUGAGAACCUCCUGGACUUCGACAUCGGCUCCAAGUCGGACCCCUUAUGUGUCCUUUUAAUGUGCAACUCUGACUCCCAGUGGUAUGAGAUGGGACGCACAGAGAAAGUUCAGAAUUGCCUCAGUCCGAAGUUUGCCAAGAAGUUCACCCUGGGUCAGGUUGUGUCCAGUCGGAAACUGACCCGGCCGCUGGCGCUGAAGAACAAGAAGCCAGCUGGGAAUGGAACAAUCACUAUCAGUGCGGAGGAAAUAAAAGACAAUCGGGUGGCGUUUUUUGAGAUGGAGGCAAGAAAGCUGGAUAACAAGGAUUUCUUUGGGAAGUCUGAUCCUUAUUUGGAGUUAUACAAGCAGACAGAAACCGGAUGGCAGCUGGCUCACAGGACAGAGGUGGUGAAGAAUAACUUGAACCCGACGUGGAGGCCGUUUCGAGUUCACCUGCAGUCUCUGUGUGGGGGAGACGUGGAGAAACCAAUUAAAGUGGAGUGCUAUGACUACGACGACGAUGGCUCUCAUGACCUCAUCGGAUCCUUUGAAACCACGAUGAAGCGGCUCCAGGAAGCGUCGCGGACUUCUCCGGCCGAGUUUGAGUGCGUCAACAGCAAAAAGAAGCAGAAGAAGAAAGGCUACAAGAACUCCGGUGUUGUGAGCGUGAAGCAUUGCGAGGUCGUAAAGGAGUUUACGUUCCUGGAUUAUAUAAUGGGAGGCUGUCAGAUCAACUUCACCGUGGCUGUGGACUUCACCGGCUCCAACGGGGAUCCCAGGUCUCCUCAGUCCCUGCACUACAUCAGCCCUCAGGGCGUUAACGAGUACCUCUCUGCUAUCUGGUCCGUGGGCAACGUCGUUCAGGACUACGACAGCGAUAAAAUGUUCCCGGCGUUUGGCUUCGGAGCCCAGAUUCCACCCACAUGGCAGGUUUCCCACGAGUUUCCUCUCAACUUCAACCCCUCCAAUCCUUUUUGUGCAGGUGUAGAAGGGGUGGUGCAGGCCUACAGGGCGUGUCUCCCGCAAGUCAAACUCUACGGCCCCACCAACUUCUCCCCUAUCAUCAAUCAUGUUGCCUGUUUUGCUAAACAAGCCAUCCAACAGACCACUGCAUCCCAAUACUUCGUCCUGCUGAUCAUCACCGACGGAGUCAUCACCGACAUGGAUCAGACGCGCAACGCCAUCGUCAACGCCUCGCGGCUGCCCAUGUCCAUCAUCAUCGUCGGCGUGGGAGCAGCGGACUUCAGCGCCAUGGAGUUCCUGGACGGAGACGACGGCCGCCUGCGUUCGCUGGCUGGCGAAGCCGCCAUGAGGGACAUCGUCCAGUUUGUCCCCUUCAGGGAUUUUCAGAACGCUCCUCGUGAGGCGCUGGCGAAGAGCGUGUUGGCCGAAGUGCCGGCUCAGCUGGUGGACUUUUUCUGCACCAUGGAGCUGAAACCACCAAAUCCGAGUCCUGCCCCGGCAGAGACCCCCGCGAUGCCAUAAAGAAACCUGACGAAUUCCACGUUUCAUCUCAAGCAGCUCUAUAUAACCGACAGAACUGUCAUGUUAAUGUGCACUAAAGUGUCAAUCUAGCCAGCUGUCGACAGCAUCCAGGUUAGUUCUUUAAUUUUGUGUUAAAAAUAUAUAUGUAGUUUGCAUGGUAGUUUACUCUGUAUUGUCAAAAGUUUUGAAAUGCAUUCCUUUAUGAACUUCUGUCCCAUUUUGAAUUCAUCGGCAUUAACAUGAUGAUGGCCCACCCUUUGCUGCUGUUUCACCUCCCUUUGGAAAGUGCCAUAGGUUGUAUGUUUUUUUUUGUUUGUUUUUUUUUUUUUUGCAUUUGUGAGGUCAGACUCUAAUGUUGGAUGAGAAUGUCAUAAUUGUGCCAAAGACGCAUCAUCAGAUUGAGCUCUUCCUCAUCAAGCUUCUUUGUGGACCUUUCUUUUUGUUGCUUCAAAAAUACUUUAUAGAUCCCAAAGGGAAACUAAAUAAAUAAUUAAAUGUCAACUAUGUGGAGCUGUUCCCACAUAGUUGAGGAUAUUAAUAAUUUUGCAAAGCGCGAGUCGCCUUGUUUGUUGGAUUUUCCCAUUGGAAACUAGAAAUGAAAAUAAAGGUAUUAGUUUUAUUUUUGUUUUAAAAUAAAAAUAUUAACUUUAAUGAUUCUCUAUUUUUUUUUUUUUUUUUUGUGGAAAAACCAGAAAUGUAGAUUUGAUUUUUUUUUUUUUUUUUUAAAUCUAAAAUGAUAAAAUUAAUUUUAAAAAAAAAUUUAGACAUUGCUUAAUUUCAUAAUCUGAUUCUCUAAUCCUGGGCUAGUGCAGUCACCAUGUGAUCUCGUUGCCCAAAUAUGGUAACGCUUUCUCAAGCUCACCAUGCCAUUAAGAAUCAACCAAUUUUUUUUCACUUAAAAUGCCUGUCCUUGUCCAAUCUAAUCAAUAUUUUAGACUUAUGUUAGUUCUAUUUUUAGAUAUUAACCUGCAUACUUGUUUUGUGGUGGGAAAAAACACAUGGGAUAAGACUUUGGGGGUACGAAGGCAUUUUCUUAUUUUAAACACGAGAUGAACGUUCUGCUUCUCUGUUCUUCAUGAAAACGUUUCAGUUUUUUAUGUUUUGGGUUUGCAUUGCGUUUAAUUGAUGGUUUCUGACAAGAAUCCUGAAAGAUCAACAAAGUCUGAGUGACACAAGACAAAUUUGGGGGGGAAAAGGUGCUAGACUUUCAGUACAUUAAUUGUCUUUUUAGAGCUUAAACAAAAUCAGUGUAUUGUGUAAUUCCAUCAUUUCCCAUGUUAAAUCAUGUAAUAUCAAAUGUGUAUCACUUCUAACAUCAAGAACUAGAAUGAAAACCACAGUCAAUAGCUGUGGUCUGCAUGUUUGUUUAUGUACUUCCAUGUAAUAAUCUAUUAGUAUAGAGAUUUAUAUUGUCAUAACUGGGUUUAUUAUGCCACUUAUGUUUUGAUUUCUCCAUGUUGAUGAUCCACAGCUACAGAUCUGUCUCUCAGAUAUGAACUAACAUAAUAUCAGUAUUAUAUAUAUAUGCUAGUGCUCGCAACACCAGCGAGUUUUGAAAAUGGAAGCACGUUUGCAUUUUAAGUGUUUAUAUAUUGCCGUUAGUUUAAAUGUAACUUUUUGACCAUAUAAUGUUUAUUUGAUGGCUCCUUCCUGUUCUAUUCCAGCUGCUUUGCACUUACAUCAGUAGUGGACGAUGUGCCUUGAAGCGUUCUGCUUGCUAAUAAAACACUUAAAAUUGUGAACAA